CUAUUAUUAUCAAUUACUCAUCAAAAUAUCCGAUGUUUGGUUCACCCUAAUUCAACUCUCUUCAGUGAUGCGAUGACACAAUCACAUCUCCCCCGAGUUUGAUAAUUGUUGCGAUUAUCAUGUAUCGUUUUAGGACCUCCUCGGGUUCUGCAAAACUGAAUUUGCCUCGUAUCAAGAAAAAAGCUUUGAAUUCAUGGACUGCUGUUCAGGACACUUAUUUUUCUACCAAGGACACAUUUGAGAGGCACAAAGUGGUGUUCACUGUCUCUACUUCUGUUGCUUCUGUUGCUACAGCUUGGCUCGGUUAUACUCUACGGCAUAUGCAUGAAAAGAAAGUCGAAGAAAGGCUCAACUCAAUUGAGAAUGCUAUGAAAAGCAAUUUCGAUAUGGAACAUAGCGAGUUUAAGAAACUUGUUGGAACAAGCGGUUCUACUACUGCAGCUUAUAUUGCCACAGCUGGGACCAGUUUAAUCCUGGGGUAUGGGCUUGGUUGGCGAGGCGGAAGAUGGUUUGCAAAUAGGAAGUUUAGAAGGGAGCAGAUGAAAUUGCUAGGACAGAGCAAACCUAGAAGAUGGCCCCUCAAGUUCCUAAGAAGACCAUUGUUGAGAUCCAAAGCAGAUAGUUCAGUUAAAACAUCAGAACCACAGCCAAAUGAUGCGUCCAAUACACACGCUGCCACCAAACCUCAUCCAAUAUGUUAAUCUAUAAUUCAGUAUAGAUAUAUGCAGUAGCUCUCUGAAUUAUAUCAACUUACAUACAUGCAGAGAGUCGGCAGUAACAUUUGUAAAAGGAUUAGUAUUCUUUGUAAUCGUGUGCUUGACAAGAAUAAUAAUCUACGCCCUUGUCAAAUGAUAAUUUCAGUGUUUUUUUGGGUAAUUUUGGAGUACUUGCUUUUUAGAUUCUUAUGAGGGUUAUGUUCAUUCUUGCCAUUGGGUGAAGUUAGUUACUGGCGAGAAGAAAACAAAGAGAUUAUGUAAACAUUAUUGUUUCUAUUAAUAUAUGGUAUAUAUUAUAUC